CAGGAGACAAUCCAAGUGUGUUGCAAAUAUUUGGGGGAUUUCUGUUUUGACGUGAACUUGCCUGCUGCUCCUGCUGUGAAGUCAAUGAUGGCCUGGACAAUGGGAUGUGGAGCCAUGUUGCAUCAGCAUGUGCUGGAAAGCCUGCAAAAGGCUGGAAGGACUACAGAUGUGACAAAAGGGUUUUGAAACGUUUUCGACCACAAAGGUUGCCAUUGAAAUAUGUAAACACGACAGGAAUUCAUUGUUGGGAACAACCUUUGGAUGCCCUUUCAUGUUUACGAGGCCAAAAGAAUGAAAACAGGUCCUUUUUUCCUUUUUUGUUUUUGGGCCCUCCCCUUGAAAAGCCCUCGGAUGUCACUGAUUGGCGCGAAACAGCUGUCAAUCAAGAAGGGGCGUGGCCAUGUGCCAAACACCACUUCCAGUAAAAGUGCUCACAUGCUACACAGCUCGCAGAGUCAACUUGCUGCGACGAACAUUGACGCGCCAGGACGCUGCGCACUUUCACGCUCGUCUAUUUUUUUAAUGCCUCCACGCUCUUUGGACACUUUUUUUUCCCGCAUUUGAUUUGAUUCAACUGCCAUGGGAUGUAACUUCUAAAGUUAAGUGACUUUCUGUGGAGCUCCCGCGUUUCCCGGACGUUUAUCUCGCGUUUUUAUUUUUCUUGAAUUCUUUUUUAUUUUGUCACUAUCACCAUCGUCCGAGGGGGUAACACCCCAUCCCAUCACCCUUUCGACCACCAUGGCGGAAGCGGCCCAGCAACAGCAACAGUCACACCUGGUGGACAUAGACCCGGACUUCGAGCCGCUGGCCAGACCCCGCUCGUGUACUUGGCCCUUGCCCCGACCGGAGUUCGUCACCCCGGGCGACUCCAACACCUCAUCGCCGGUGCCGUCCAUCAAGCAGGAGCCCGCCGGCAACGAGUACAUCAGCAACCUCAGCCUACUGGAGGAGAACGAGGACCUGUGCGCCGACUUCCAUUGUCAGGAGACGUGCGUCCACCAACAUCCCACCCCCCGGCCGCAGCAUCAGCAUCACCCCAAUCCCAACCCCAACCCGGCGCUCCAGCAGCAUCCCCAUCCGCAGCAGCAGGUGCCCCUGCUCUCUUCCCCGGUGGCCACCUCGCCGUCGUCGGCCGCCGCAGCCGCCGCCGUCGCUGCCCAGAGGAAGAGCAGCUCGUCCCGGCGCAACGCCUGGGGGAAUAUGUCGUACGCGGAUCUCAUCACCAAAGCCAUCGAGAGCUCCCCGGAGAACAGACUCACCCUGUCUCAGAUCUACGACUGGAUGGUGAAGAGCGUGCCUUAUUUCAAAGAUAAGGGAGAUAGCAACAGUUCUGCCGGGUGGAAGAACUCCAUCAGGCACAACCUGUCGCUGCACAGCCGCUUCAUCCGCGUCCAGAACGAGGGCACGGGCAAAAGCUCGUGGUGGAUGCUGAACCCCGAAGGCGGCAAGAGCGGCAAGUCGCCACGGCGACGGGCCGCCUCCAUGGACAACAACAGCAAAUUCACCAAGAGCCGAGGACGGGCCGCCAAGAAGAAGCUGUCCCUUCAGAGCGGGCCGGACGGCGGCGCCGACAGCCCGGGCUCGUACAACAAGUGGCCCGGCAGCCCCAACUCGCACAGCAACGACGACUUUGACGCCUGGAGCAGCUUCAGGCCUCGCACCAGCUCCAACGCCAGCACGGUCAGCGGCCGCCUGUCGCCCUUCGUGCCCGAGGACGAGCUGGGCGAGGCGGAGGCGCACCUGGGCUACCCCGGCGCGCCGGGGACCAAGAUGAGCGCCACGUUGCCCAGCCUCAGCGAAAUGACGAGCUCUUUGGGACACGCUUCGGAGAACGUCAUGGAGAACCUCCUGGACAAUCUCAACUUGCUGUCGCCCAACAACUCUCAGGUCGGCGGUGGGGCGGCCACCCCCGGGUCCUCCCAGUCCUCCCCGUCCCCGAUGAUGCAAUCCGGCCCCGGGUACCCUCCUUACAGCUCCCCCAGCAUGGCGUCGCAGCCUCAGCAGGAGUACCGCAAGUGCGCGUACGGCCAGGCGGCGAUGAGCGCCUUGUCGCCCAUGCCCAUGCAAACCCUGCCGGAGAGCAAGUCCGCCUUCGGGCCCGGCGUGGGUCCGUACGGCCACGGCUCGGUGCAACUGCCGGGGCUCCUCAAGGAGCUGCUGACGUCGGACGGCGACCAGCGCGGAGACCUCUUGCCCUCGGUGGACUCGGUGGUCUCGCAGCAGGGCGGGGUUCGCAUGCCGCCGCCGUACGCCGGCGGCCGGCACGUGGCCAAACUCAUGGCGGCGGGGAACGCUCACCCUCACGGCCUGCCCCACGCUCACCCGCACGCCUCGCCGGCCGCCAACGGCCGUCUGCUCAUGUCCCUCAACCACGGCGGGAGCUCGGCCAAGAACCAGAUGCAGAUGGCGUACGGGAUUUCGGGCCACCUGGGAGCCGGCGGAGGCGUGCCGGGCGGAUUCUGCCCGCUCAACGGAUACGGACGCUUGGGCCUGGCGCCGCCCCCCCACCUGGAGAAGCUGCCGAGCGACCUGGACGACAUGUCCAUCGAGAAGUUUGAGAUCGACAUGGAGAGCGUCCUCCACGAGACCCUGAUGGACGGCGACUCACUGGACUUCAACUUUGAGCCCAUGGCGACCCAGCAAGGCUUCCCCCAUGGGGUGAAGACCACCACGCACAGCUGGGUGUCUGGCUAGCCGCUGGGCCUAAACUACAACAGUACAAUCAACCUGAAUGUUUUUGUUUUUGCUGUUUGGUCAAAAGUUUCUUCUUCAACAUUCCUGUUUGGAAAAAUACUCGAUCACUCAAAAGAUAAAAGUGCCAGCCAGGUUCUGAUGGACUGGAAUUGUUCAUCUUUUCUAAACCAAGUGCCAAAUUUGCCUUAACGAAGGAGCGUUGACGCCACACCCUCAGUUGGGGUGUUUUGAAUUUUCCGGGAAGGUUGAAUCAAAGGCAACUGGAUCGGAUGGCUUUCAAAAAGGCUUCUUCAGUUCUACGUGUCCGCUAGACGCCUCCGACCUCCCCGUAGUGAACCAGAGCCGUCCUACCUUCCGGGAACUGGUCUGACCGCCAACCAGAUUCGUUUCCAAGGUGGUACCGACUAAUUUGCUCCGCCUAAGACUUCGGUUCUACGCGUCUGCUCGACAGAUUCGGUUUUCUCUAGCGGUGUCCGCACGUUAUAGGUCCUCGGUUCCAAAAGUUGCCUCGCGGCGUUCCACCUGGCUGCGAACCGACCCCACUUGCCUUCCAUCCCACCUUCCUCGGACCGACGAAUUAAUAUAUAUAUUUUUUUUAACCGUGAAUGCCUGACAGCCAACACACCCAACCAUCAUCAGCAUAAAGAAGCUGCCUUUCCGCAAUUUUGCGGUCAACCGGCAAAAGUUGCUGGAAAUGCCUCUCUUUGCGUCUCCAGAAGACGCAUUGUACAAUCAGGUCUUACGUGUGUGUGUGUGUGUGUGUGUGUGUGUACUGUCUAAAGAGACUAUGUCGUGUUUACACAACAGAAGCAAAAAUUCCAAUUUGGUUCCAAAAGAAAACUGGAUGCUUUUUUAAAAAAAAAAAACAAAACAAAAAUGUUUGUACGUACUUGUUGAGCCGCCGCGUGCCCUUUUGAGCAUCUCUCGAUCAGACCUUCGGCCUGUAAAUAGCUUAAGAUUGUAUCGACAUGACAUAUGACAUGACAUGUUUUACUAGAUUGUCGUAUAUAUAUCCAUAUAUAUAUAUCUCAGACAUAAAUUAUUGUGUUUAAUAUAAGAUUUAUUCGCGUGCAAGACCUGCACUGGCAACCUUCAUACUGCAGGGGGGGCUAUUGGAGCCGUUCUGUCCUGCGGGCUGGAAGGUUUUUUUUGUUCAGAUAUAUGAAAAUAUCGAUAAAUGGAUAUCGCACAAGUCAGUCAGAUCUUCUCUUCAAGGAAACGCGCCGCCGUGAACUUUUACGGAGGCUCGCCUUAUUCGCUCCUUCAAGAAAAUCCGAGCGAGCGUCAAUUGCGAGCGCUUCUCGGAGGGCUUUUGCCCAGAGGUCAAGGCGCUCUUUUCAGAUUCCGCAACCCCCCCCCCCCGCGCCCGCGAUCAUUUGAAAUCGGUUUUCGACGUGCGGCGUAACACCGUAGUCGGAGACGGACGGACGGACGGACGGUCGUCCGCCCCGGGAGAACGUCGUUUGCCGAGAAUCCCGUUAGCGGCAGCGGUUCGGUGCGGUUCAAUUCAUCAACAUUUCAAGGUCAUCUGCAUUGUACCGGAAAAUCUUUUUUUUGGUAACACGCCUUAUUAUAUUGUUAUAACAUACUUCCUUGAUACCAAUUCCUCUUUGGACAGAGUCAUGUGGGACACAGAAAAAAACAAAAGUGAAUACGUGGACCGGCCACGCCAUUUUGUUUGCUUCCCAACUCGACUGGACACGUUUUGCGCGAGACUGAACCGAAACCAAACCGUUUGGUGGGGAAAAACUGGCUUGAUUUUGCUGCAUAUAAAUACUGCACAUGGAGGGGGGGGGGGUGUUUGCACCACUACGUGUUGAGUACAUCCAAGUUUAUCUUACAAACGCGUGUCCAUUUUUUUUUGCCUCGUCGUUAGAGGUUUUUUUCUGCCCAGUCUCAAAAUGGAGACGACCUUGAGGCGAGCUUGUGGCGCCUUGGUUUUGGCUGUUUUGGUUUUGUGGCAGAUGAAAAUACGAACAUUUCAAAAUGUGUUUUGUUUUUGGGUGUUUAUUUUGUUGUUGUUGUUGUUUUUUUGUUUUUUUUUUCAUUAUCUUGUGUUUUUGAUAUCACAAGACGACAAAGCUGCUCUUUGGCUUUGGUGCCACAUUUGUCGCCUUUCAAACAUGGCCAAACUUGCCUUUAAUUGACAUAUUCACGUUAAAAUAAAAAGAUGAUUUAAAAAAAAAAUUAUAUAUAAAUAUAUUCUGUAUAUAUUUGUGCCGGUCACUCAAAUGAAUUGCUAAUGAAUCAACAGGGUUCAGAUGAAAAGUUUAAAAGUAAAAAAAAACAACAAUGUAAAUGAUAUUUUGACAUUGAUGAUGAUUCAAUCUAUGCAUUGUAUUCUUUAAUUUUAUGUCGC